AUGCAAAGGGACGAAUACCAUCACUACAUUCCAAGAUUUAUUCUACGUAACUUUGCUAUUGACAGAUAUGAAAGAAUAUUCACGAGUAAUAGGAAACAAUUUAAUCAGAAUCAAAAGCUUUGGAAGGAGAGGAAGAGGGGAGAAUCACUCCAAAUUUACGAUAGAGCUAAGGAUCAAUUAGAUAUUUCUUUAAUUAAGAGAACUUAUGGGGACAUAAAUAUGUAUAAAGAUCUUAAUCAUAAUGACACAAUGCGUGUGGAAAACAAAUUGUCAAAACUUGAAGAGAAAGCAUCAAAGGUAGUCAAAGAUAUUAUCGAGGCAUCUCAAUCAAAUGGCCAAAUUGUUUUAUUUAGAAAAAAUGUUGCUGACUUACGCAA